CCUUGGUCUCUACUUCUUUCUUCUGAUCUGAGCCAUCAACCAAUCCACCCUUUCGAGCAGCCUUCAACCAUCCCUCUCAGCAAAGAUGAAGUUUCUUCUGAUUGCGACGUGGAUGGCCAUGGCCCUCGUCGCCGUCGCUCUUCCCACCGUGUCCGACGACUUCGACUUGGCCAAUGUCACUGAUGCUGUCGCCUGGACUGGCAACUCCGUUGAAGACCCCACCGUCCACACCCUCGAGAAGCGUCAUACCGUAACCUGCGACACCGGUUUCCACACCAACGGCUUCCAGGUUUACUUGGGCAUUAAGGAGCUGCGCAAAAGGAGAGGCAGUCCCUUCGGCGGACCCUAUGCCUGCACCCGCGUGUACAACAAGCGUGGAACUCGCAUCUAUUGGUGCAACGACGAUUCCAAGGUCCGCUACUUGCCCUCCUAAAACAACAUUGCCGACGCCAUUCAGUCAGUCUUCGAUGUGUGCGGCACCCCUGCAGGUUUCUCCGGCGAAUGCAAUCAUCCCGACAAGUGGAGAGCUUUCCUCCAGCAUGGUUGGAAUAUGGACGAGC